AGACAGUUUUGUUCGAUUCUUACAAAUGUUUUAAAGUGAUCUUGUUAUUUAGAUUUAUCUAAAUUGUCUUUAUUUACAAAUGGCACGUAACAUAAAUUAACGUGUCAUUCUUUUGACAUCACGAUUCCAAUAUAACUACUUAGGAAUCUUAACCUCUAAAGUUUUACAAGAGACCAUCUCGGUCAACUGCCAUGUUUUUCUGCCAAUUUCUUGAAUGAAAACACGAAUGAGUAAUGAAUAUUGCAAAAGGAAUGGGGCUAACUUUUAAUAAAAUAAAUCACUUGAAGGAAUGCUUAUUCUCUCCUAAACAUUUAUUGUACACAAAUAUAGGGAUAUCGAUUUCUCUUUCUGGCAUAGGAGAUAUUUUAGAGCAACAUUAUGAGAUAUUAAAGGGUAAAUGGGAUAAAUGGAGUUUUACCAGAACGAGAAAUAUGUCUGUGUCUGGCAUGUCUAUCGGGAUAAUUUGUCAUUACUGGUACAAUUUUUUAGAUACUAGAAUGACUGGACGUACUAUUGGUAUAGUUUUAAAAAAAGUGAUUAUUGAUCAAUUAAUUUGCUCACCUCUCUGUAUAAGUACAUUUUUUUUUACACUGGCCUUGAUGGAGAAUAACAGUUUGACAGAGUUUAAGAAUGAAAUUAGGAAAAAAGCGCAUAGACUAUAUAUAGCUGAAUGGAUCAUUUGGCCUCCAGCACAAGUUAUUAACUUUUAUUUCCUUCCCACACGAUACAGAGUACUUUACGAUAACACGAUAUCUCUAGGUUAUGAUAUCUAUACUAGCCAUGUAAAAUAUGAUAUGGAAACAAUUAAUAGAUAAUGCUAUUUUAAUUAGUAAAAUAUUUUUGUAAAAUUACA